GCCUGCCACCGGUCAACAAGUUCCUGGCGCGUUUCUCCCUCCCAGAUGACCUCUGUUCCGAUACACUCACUAUGGACAGUCUCUCGCGUCUACAGGGUCUCCAUGCAGACCUUGUCGCCUUUACCGAAACAAGACUGGCCAACAUCGACCGCCUAUGGCAGGAACUAGAGGACAGCCUUCAGGACUUCAGGAAGCUGCUGGACAAGACAACACCCACGAGUGCUGAUCGAGACGCUUACAACAAUGGGAAACUCAGCGUUGACGACCAGGAAUAUGCCAUCAAUGAUGAAUUCAAGCAUAUCAGCCGGGCUGUUGCAACCACCCUUGACCUAGACGAAAUCGAGGCCGGACGGCUGCUGAUCCAGAGCCAGACCGAUGUCCAUACCACAGAGGACUCUUUUGUGAUGGACGCAGUGAGCAAGUUUCACAAUCGCAGAGACCUUCUACUCCAAUCCCUCCGAAUUACUCUCCAACAGUCGCUCAAUUUAGAACCCGGUGAUGCAGUCAAACGAGUCUUUGAGACCACCGUUGCCCGGGUUUUGGAGAUUGAUGGUGGUGUUCCCAGCAACGGGUCAAUCUUCGCCAGAAAAUGCUUGAGUACAUUGGAGGAUGUUGAAAAGUUACAAGCCAAGGUUGCGGACGCGCUUCAGAGCAAAGCGGUUCUAGGCGGGCCUCGGGGUCCCGAGUUUUAUGCCACCCUUGAAUUCCAGCGAGACAGUCUAUUCAAACAACAUGAAGCCCUGGCUUGUAUUCUCGCGUAUUUAUUUCAAGGAGACUACACCAACCAGGAAGAUCUACGAAAGCUUCACGGUGUACUGCCGCGCUGGAAUCGCCUCGAUUUUAAUCUCAUCCAUUAUCUGCCCGCAUUUUCAGCAGCAUUUCGGCAAUACGGUUCUCCCGAGAGCCACCUUUCCCAAGAGAGCACUGCCUCUCUCGACUCUGUGUUCGGGUCAUUGCCACAAGAUGCUCCUUCCACCCCCAUCAGGCCUUUUCAGGCGGUUUUGAACCUCUGGUGGACCGUUGAAUACAGUGGGAAAUUCCGCGACCUGUCCGAUCAGGACCCUGGAAUGGAGAAGCGGGCAAAUGCAGUCAAGGCGGCAUUGAAGGAAGAUGCCUUGGAAUUCAUGCUUGCAAUAUGUACAAGCACCAAUUCAGAUGUCUGGCGGCAUCCUGCCCGGCAGGAGCUAGUGACUCUGCUUCUCAGUGACACUGCGGGUUUUGCCCUCGAAGGCGAGCAGACGUCAUCCUACUUUCGCUUGCAGUUCAUGCAAUCUCUGGAGAACUUCACCGAGGCAUUUAUUUCGAACAUGCCGGACUCAAUACGAAAGCUCAGGACCGAAGAAGAUGACCAGAGGUUGAAUCAAUUGACAGCACUGCAAGAAGGCUUACCACCUGCCAAUCAAGGCACGAGCGUCAGCAAACUCCAUCUGGAAUGCUUUCUCAUCCUCAUCUCGUUCGCUUUUGAAGGCAGGCCUGAGGCUGCGGAGCAGUGGUGGGAAGACCCUGACAGCAACUUGUAUGGCUUCUUGCAGUGGGCAUCUCGAAGACAAACAGUGCCAAGGGUGAGCGCUUUCUGCGAGCUCUUAUGCUCGAUCUCCGAGGAGCAAGAGUGCGCAGAAGCAGCGCACAAAUUCUUGCUGGACGACUCACAGCCUGCUCAAAUACGAGGUCGACGCAAUCCUUCCAUGAAUUAUCAACAAAUAUUUGCCGAGUUGGAACUUUACGCGCAGAAAGUCCAUGAACAUCCUGUUACAUCUCAACUACCCAAUGUACGGAAGAUCCAGCCCACUGACAUGAACGAGCUGGAGAGCCCUGUCAUGCUCUCCUGCUAUCUCCGCUUACUUGCGCAUCUCAGCCGACAACCCAGUGGUACUCGCCAGUACAUCCUACAAACCGUGACUCCAGCCUUCCCGCAGGCUCUCCUGCUUCUCAGUUCCGGUCCUGUCCCGAGUUAUUUGAGAGCAAGUGUUUUUGCGGCACUGGACGCGCUGUUGACCGACAAGACUGCACAAACUGCUACCACGCUGUGGCAGAUCGUCGACGAGUGGGCGGCAAAUAGCCAUGACAGGGCCCGACCCGCUGCUAGCAAAACGAUAGCACCUCCCAAACCAACGCUGUUCAAUCUACAGAGCACUCUCAAUUCAAUAGCAAUGUCAUUUGAUCAGUAUGACGCCUUUGUCGUGUUCCUGCGCGAUCUGGUUGUCUCUCUGCCUUCCACUGGGCUCGGGACUGAUUUGCUUCCAUUUCCCAAGGAUCUCGGGGCGUCAUAUAGGGCCCCCGGGAUAGCACCCUAUAUCGACUUCGUAUGCGGUCAGGUCUUUGGCAAAGCGAUCCUAGAAGUUACUGACGAGCUUCAACGGUCAAUUGGUUCAUUUCAUUGUCUCGAAUUCGUGGCUGUCGGCCUCGAGGGAUUCAAUGAAGACUAUGUGGCGAUGCUUGAUCGCACGACAUCGGCACAUGAUGCUCUUCAAGACAUGCCGGAGGCAGCUUCAUAUGCUCAGCGCAGUCCAUUUGCGAGACUUAUGCAGUGGAUCCUGAGCAGUGAUGUGAACAGGCCGUUAAUGGAAACCCUCCGCGUAUCUGGAGAAGCUGCGGAAGCAGCUCUUCCGGAUUCGCCCUUGCUCCUCAGUCUACAACGUUCAAUUGAUAUCAUCAAUCGAGUGCUUGACCUGCAGCCAACUUAUUUCGACAUAGUGAGACCGCUGGUGCAGUCCCAGCUAGCACAAGACGGACCUCUUGCUCGGCCAAAUCUAAACAGCUUAGAAGACAGCUUGGCUGCAAAUCCGAAGACCGUGCUCAAUCUUUGUCAGUUUUCUGCUACCGGACAUUCUGAGCUCGCACUUCGUGCUCUAGCUUUGCUGCAGAAGCUCUCGAGCUCCCCCAAGCUCAACAACCAUUUCCUGGCCAGCGAUCCUACCCUAGGUCGAACGCGGAGAAUUGUGGAUAUGUUGGGUCCAGAUCCGGCCUUUGAGCUGGAGCCGAUCGCGAGAAAUCUGUCUGCCAGGCUGCAGUUCGACGUGCGAGAGCUUGAGGAAGGAUUUGGGGCUGUCAGCUACCUCCUCAAAGAUGGGAUUUUAGCCUUUUUCAAUGCAUGCCUCGAAACGCAGCCUGACCUUCCGAACGUCGCGCACCUCCUGUUAGGUUUCGCUAGAUUGGGCGAACGUCUGACCAUUUCCGACUCCAUCGAUGCAGCAACUGCUGUUUUCAACUCCGUCGUUGAUCUGGCCCGGAAUUAUCCCGACGACGAGGAUGGGAUUAUGUCGUCCUGGUUGAUACACAUGAAAGCAGCCGCCCUACGUGUGCUGAGACAUCUAUGGUCGUCCCCGAUAUCCACCGCCAUUGUUGUUGGGCAACUCCGCCGAUUUCAAUUCUUACAGUCUUUGUAUAUCAGCCUUCCCGUUGUCCAUCAGCAAACUCUGUGGGACGGCAAUAGCGUGCUUCACCCGGCUUUCUGGUACACCACAUCGGCAGAAGCCCUUGCCGAGUUUCUCACGUUUCGGGCGUCUUUGUACAACUACACCGUCACUGAAAUACGGUCAGCGGCGAGUGAAGGAUUGUCGACAACACUGCGGCAGACCUUGUCAACUCUACAGGGCAAGACUACAAACGUAGACGGCAGUAUCAUCACCAACCCUGACGUUUUUGCUCUUUUUGACUUCCUCGAACUCGAUCUUUCCGCCAACCUAGAAGUUGACCCUCAAUUAUACCCAGGAGUUGACUUUGAGAUCUAUUUGACAGAGGCCACUGAGAGGCAGCCUAGUGUUUACGAUGUCAAGAUGAUCCGCGAGUAUCUCAAUGCUUAUCGAGCCGACAUCAUACGAAAUCAGGCUACAGCACAAAGCAGCAGCAAAGUCGAUGAACAGAUUCUGAUUGACGAAGCCGACACAAUAUUGGCCAUAAUCGAAGCUCGAAACCGAUCUAUCCUUGCCCACAAAGCCAGAAGCGAUGCGUUGCAUGAGUAUGUGGAAAUGCUCAUCGCUAUCAUUGAAUGUUGUCCCAUGGAGGCCACACCCAAGGCACAAUUUAUCUUGCACAUGCUACAGGUCAUGCUUCCCAAGCUCGAUGUCUUCAUCGUUGAUGGAAGAGCGGACGUGACGGAGCUAGCCCGAGCUGCUGAUGCCUUGUUCUUCUCCCUUGCUCAAACUGACCUCAAAAACACCCAGAUGAACAAUAUCAUCACUGAGAAAUUGUUCCAGCUCUUUCGUGCCUCUGUUGAAGGAGUUGCGGCGUCCAACUCAAACACAAAUCUUAGGACGAUAUUCUACAGCAUUUGCUCGCAGUACCUAGGCCGCAUUACAUCCUCGGCUGGUGGCGUCUCGGAUGUAGACGUCAAAGCAAGGCGUAACAGUAUGGACUGUGUCCGGUCCAUGAGCCAGCGCGUCGUGCAAAUUUUGUGCGAUGAUGCGGAUGACGGAGUGGACGCUUGCAGGCUGAACGCCCUCAGUCUUCUGUCACUUCUGACAUCCCUGGCCCGCACAGAGAAAUCUAACUUGGUUCUCGAUUCGUUCGUCAAAGUCAAUGUGUUGGAGAUCCUAGUCGACCCCCUUAAGAACGUUGCGGAAGAGUUUCAGAGCUCGGAACCACUUUAUCGCCGCUCCCUUCUCUCCGUCUUCGAAGCACGUAUGUUUCUCCUUCUGCAGAUCUCACGCACCCGGGACGGCGCAGGAGCUCUCCUCGACGCAGGUCUCAUGUCUGCUAUCCGCGACUCAGUCCUCUUCCAAGCAGAUCCCGAUCUCGGCAUCUCGAUGGCUCCCACCUCUGGUGACACGGCCGAAUCCAAUACCUAUGCUGCCGACUCCGUCAUAUCGGCCCUCCACACAUAUUACGUCCUUUUGUCAUCAACCCUCCGCGUUCUUCUUUCCACAUUCCUCUCCAGAGGAGCUCAGAACGAGCAGAUUCAAUAUCUCGCCCGCUCCUUUUUGACCGAAUAUCGGCCGAAUAUGGUGGGUGUGUUCAAAAAGCAUGCAGGUGUAAGUGGCAAAGUGGACCAAGUGUUGAAACCAUUAGUGGAGGAAUGUGUGCGGUGUUAUACAGGCCUGGCUGCAUUAUCUGGCUUCGUGGACUUUGAGGAUCAAGCAGGAUUGGAUCCGGGACGAGAUGCCAGGUUCUCGUAAGUGUAUGAACAUGUGAAGAGUAGCUUAGGACAUAGUGUCAAGGUUCAUGAAGACAUGAGCAUUAGGAAAAUGAGCCGGAAGGAAUGGUUUUCUGAUCGCC